AUGGAGUUCGACAAGUCCAUAUACGACGAAGUCAAGCACAACACCAAGGUCAUCAUCAAUGAUAUCGAAUACCAAGGUUUUGGAGUUGGGAAAGCCAACAAUGGUCUUCUGACCUCUCAGCUCAACCAUGAUCUCAACUUUGACCCGGAAAUAUUGGCUGUGCACCUUAUCGUGGGUUAUCCAUCGUACUCUGAGUACAAAGAGGGAGCCACAGACUUGUUUAAACCCUCCACUCUGCUCGGUGGUUACAAAUACCAACGGAAGUAUCGCUUCAGCAAUGGUGCAACCUUUUCCAGUUUCCACAAUAUCAGCUUCGACAAGAAGAAAGGACUGAGUAGCUGCUUCACCACCCGCGACUUUCCCAGCGAAGCAUUUGCUGGACAGACCUGGGAUGUACAGGAUUUAGUUGAGACUUUCAUUCCAUCUGGACCAGGCUUGAUCAAGUCCGUCAUAGCAGUCGAGUGGAAGGGAGACCAGCGCAAUCUCUCCGCCGUUAUUGAAAGUGAAUAUUAUCUCAAUCACAAUCUCGAACUUCCGGGACUACACUGGCGUAAUGUUACUUUUCGUACUGACAAGGCCGUUAAGGGUAUCUAUAUUCAAAGUGAGAAGAUUACUAUUCAUCGUGACUUGAAGGAGGUUGGAGGUGAACCUGAAAACCUUCUUGCGAGACAGCUACCUGUCGAGACCAAAGGCAGAGAAAAAGCUCGCGAAGAAGCUGAAGCAACGCAGUUGAAUGCUGCUGUUGCUGUCUCCACGUUUUAA